GGGCACUAUAAAUUGGAUCAACCUUUCUUCUGGCUUGAAGAAAAAGCAGAGUGAUCCUGUUUUAAGUUUUUAACUCAGUUAUCACAAUUAUAUAAUGGCUUCAUUUGGCCUAGUUUUCUUGCUCUUACUCUGCUCCAGUACUACUGCAGUACUUGCAGAUUUUGCCAUCUCGUAUUGUAAUGAGAACUCCACCAUUGCAAGCGCUCAAAUGUCAGCAAACGUCGAUGUUGUUUUGGGCCAAUUAGACUCAAACACGGCUAAAAAUGGUGGGUUCAGCAUUGCCACUUAUGGCCAAGGUAAUGACACGGUGUACGGAUUGGGACAAUGCAGAAAGGACUUCAACACCUCAGCCUGUUCCUCCUGCAUUCAUUUUGCAGCUAGUAUUCUUCGUGAUAGUUGCUCCCCCUUUGGUAAUAGCACCGAUGAAAGGGCAUUUGCCGACAAUUGCCUCGUCAGGUAUUCCGAUCAGAAAUUCUUCGGGAUAUUCGAUCCAAAUGCCGUUGUCAAUUUGCCCUAUUCCGGCAAGACUUCCAAGGUGAACAACCAGAAUUUGUUCAGGAAACAAGUCGGGAUCCUGAUGAAUGAUAUCAUCUCACAAGCGAUUGACCCGGCUAAUAAAUUAGGCUUCUUCGGGAAAGGAAACAUUACGAUAUCGGCAUCUGAGACUGUUUAUGGAACAGUUCAGUGCACUCAGGACGUGUCUACCAGUACUUGUUCAACUUGUCUCAAUACAGGACUUUCUAAAUUUCCCACACUCUGUCGGAAGCUGAAAACCAACGGAUGUCGCAUUCUAUAUGGCAGCUGCUUUCUGCGUUAUGAAACCGAUCCCUUUUAAGAGGAGAGGAUGCCGAAUUACUUUAAUAGUAGUACCUCUACUUUUUGUAUGGUGGAAUAAAUUUGCUUUCAAUUCAAUAAAAUGGGGAUGCCCAACUUCUGUAUUUUGACCAUCUUCAUCCUCACUCUGUCCCCCUACUCCAAUUACAAGUUUGUUUCUCAUUUUGCUGAACUUUUUAUAAAUUAUUACGCCGACUAUUUUGCUUACAAUAUAUGUAUAACUGCUUGAUAGAUAGGUACUAUUUAAAUUUUGCAUCUAUCUUUUUUUUUGUGAGAAAAAUAAUAUUGUUAUUUUUUACUACACUAUCAAUGAAUAAAGAG